AUGACGACUGCUGAUGGCAACGAGGGUGAAGCCGAAACCCAAUACGGCUGCUACAACUUUACGUUCCGGGAGAUGGUUUCGAGCCCCGUGACUGCUUACAUGAACAAGGCCUUCAGUAUCGAGGCCCCACAGCGCAUUGCUGCCAUCAGGCACCAGGCCACCGAGGAGAAGAGGAAGAAGAAAAAGGAGAAGACUCAAGGGACAACAGCUGCCGGCGGUGUCUCGGCCACUGCACACCUUGAAAAAAAGAAGAGGAAGCUUGGCGCGAAGGGUAGCGCCUCAUCGAAGCGGUCCUGCAUUGCGAAUAUUCUCUUUGGGCCCUCUUCGCCUCUGAAGGCUAAAGGGGACUCCAAGGAUGCCGCUGACAUGGAGGCGAGCCCCCUUGCCGCUUCGUCGGUGACAUCCACGCCGCCUGCUUCGGUCGAGCCGAAAGAAUCUGCUGGCGGCUCCGGCGGGCUCCCUGGCCUGGAUGUUAGCGACCAAGAGACUGAGAGCGACGAAGAUGGUGGCAGACAUGUUGACAUUGUGGGUUCGCCGGUCGGUGGUGCAAAGUCUUGUGACCUCGUCAUCUCCAAAACAGUUCUGUGCCCCCGCAAGGCGCCCAGCAGCUCGCACAGCACCUCUAGCUCGUCAUCUUCAUCGUGCGAAAGUGAGAAGAAGACAUCCUCUGCGGAGGAUGAUGACCAGAAGAAAACUCGUCCUCCCAGCUGCACACGCCCCAUCGAAGGCUUGCCUCGGCCCCUUCUUCUCUAG